AUGGACGAAAUCACAAUCACAUCACAACCAAAAUCCGGUUAUGUAAUUCGAAACAAGCCCCUGAAUCUUCAAUGUCGAGCCAAUCACGCCACCAAAAUUCGCUUCAAAUGUAGCUCGAAAUGGAUCGACGACUCUCGAAUAGAAAAGCUCAUCGGAACUGACUCGACAUCUGGAGUUGGAUUCGUUGAAGCAUCUGUUGAUAUUUCUCGAAUCGACGUCGACACUUCUGCACACAUUGACGCAUUCCAGUGUCAGUGUUACGCUUCUGGAGACGACGAUCAGGACGUUGUGGCUUCUGACGUGGCGACAGUUCAUCUCGCAUAUAUGAGGAAGCACUUUCUCAAAUUACCCGUCGCUCAACGGGUACAAGAAGGAACGACACUUCAACUUCCCUGCCAGGCUCCAGAAUCUGAUCCGAAAGCAGAGCUCACCUGGUACAAAGAUGGUGUCGUUGUUCAAGCAGAUGCCAAUGUUAUCAGAGCAUCAGAUGGCAGUCUAAUUAUGUCAGCAGCCAGGUUAUCGGACAGUGGAAAUUAUACAUGUGAAGCGACGAAUGUCGCCAAUUCAAGGAAAACAGAUCCAGUGGAAGUUCAGAUUUAUGUCGACGGUGGUUGGUCUGAAUGGACCCCGUGGAUCGGAACGUGUCACGUCGAUUGUCCACUUCUCCGUCAACACGCUCAUCGAAUCCGUGAUCCACAUGACGUUUUGCCACACCAGAGACGAACAAGAACCUGUAAUAAUCCGGCACCUCUAAACGGUGGAGAGUACUGUAAAGGUGAAGAAGAGAUGACGAGGAAUUGUAAAGUUCCGUGUAAACUUGAUGGAGGAUGGAGUUCAUGGAGUGAAUGGAGUGCUUGUUCAUCGAGUUGUCAUCGAUACAGAACGAGAGCAUGCACAGUUCCACCACCUAUGAAUGGAGGAGCACCUUGUUUUGGAGAUGAUUUAAUGACACAAGAGUGUCCAGCACAACUUUGCACAGCCGACACCUCACGAAUUGUUAUCAGCGACACAGCCGUCUACGGAACAGUUGCUUCAAUAUUCAUCGUCGCCUCCUUCAUCCUCGCUAUUCUUGCCAUGUUUUGUUGUAAACGAGGCGGUGGAAAGAAGAGGAAAUCGUCGAAACCUUUGAAAAUGACACCUGAGAAAGCUGGUGGUAUCUACUAUUCUGAACCUCCGGGUGUUCGACGUCUCCUACUGGAACAUCAACAUGGAACACUUCUAGGAGAGAAGAUAUCAUCUUGUUCUCAAUACUUUGAACCACCGCCUCCUCUGCCUCAUUCGACUACAUUAAGAUCUGGAAAAAGUGCAUUUAGUGGAUAUUCAUCGACAAGGAAUGCCGGAUCAAGAGCAGCUUUAAUUCAAGAAUGCAGUUCGAGUAGUUCAGGAUCUGGAGGGAAGCGUACAAUACUCAGAACUUCAAGCUCCAAUUGCUCGGACGAUGAUAAUUAUGCAACUCUUUACGAUUAUAUGGAAGACAAAAGUGUACUUGGAUUAGACACUUCUCAGAAUAUUGUUGCUGCACAAAUUGAUAGUAAUGGAGCGAGAUUGUCGUUGUCGAAAAGUGGAGCAAGACUAAUAGUCCCUGAGCUGGCAGUUGAAGGAGAGAAAAUGAUGUAUUUGGCAGUGUCGGAUACAUUGAGUGAUCAACCACAUCUUCCACCAAUCGAAUCAGCCCUGUCCCCAGUCAUCGUUAUCGGACAAUGCGACGUCUCCAUGUCUUCUCAUGAUAAUAUUCUCCGCCGUCCCGUUGUUGUCUCAUUCCGUCAUUGUGCCUCCACAUUCCCACGUGAUAACUGGCAGUUCACACUGUAUGCAGAUGAGGGAACUGGUUGGCAAAAGGCUGUAACAAUUGGAGAAGAGAACUUGAAUACCAAUAUGUUUGUGCAAUUUGAACAACCUGGAAAGAAGAAUGAUGGAUUCGGAUGGUGUCACGUGAUGACUUACUCUCUGGCGAGACUCAUGUUGGCUGGACAUCCGAGGAGAAACUCAUUGAGUGCUGCGAAGAGAGUUCAUCUUGCUGUAUUCGGACCAAUGGAUAUGUCAGCUUACCGAAGAUCUUUUGAGUUGAGAGUUUAUUGUGUUCCGGAGACAGGAGCAGCUAUGGAAAGUGUCUGGAAACAAGAAGAUGGAUCUAGACUUCUUUGUGAAUCCAACGAUUUCAUUCUUAACGAGAAAGGAAAUCUCUGCAUUUGUAUUGAAGACGUCGUUCCCGGAUACUCAUGUGAAGGACCCGAAGUUGUUGAGAUCUCUGAAACCCAACACAGAUGGGUUGCUCAAAAUGGACUGCACUGCUCUCUAAAAUUCCGGCCGAAAGAAACGAAUCCUCCACCGUUUUCCACAAGAGUAAUUGUCUAUCAAAAGGCAAGCUCGACAGAACCAAUGGUGAUGGAAGUGAGUAAUGAGCCAGAAUUAUAUGAUGCAACGAGUGAAGAAAGAGAGAAGGGAUCAGUUUGUGUCGAGUUCCGUUUGCCUUUUGGAGUGAAGGAUGAGUUGGCAAGACUGUUGGAUAUGCCAAAUGAAUCACAUUCUGAUUGGAGAGGAUUAGCGAAGAAGCUGCAUUAUGAUCGAUACUUACAGUUCUUUGCCUCAUUCCCUGACUGCUCUCCAACUUCUCUCCUCCUGGAUCUCUGGGAAGCCUCAUGUUCUGGAUCUGCUCGUGCCGUGCCAGAUCUUCUUCAAACUCUCCGUGUCAUGGGACGACCUGAUGCUGUUAUGAUUCUCGAGAGAUUUCUGUCAGCAUUCCCUCAAAUUGUGUCUCCGUAG